AAGUUUAAUUCGUCCGAGCCAGUCGCGGCGUGUGUUGACAAGGUGUUUCGUGAUAUAUCGUACGUUAGUCAAGACGAGGCUGGAUGUAAAUAGAGGGAAAAUAAUACAUGUAUUCCCCACAUCACGAUUUACGUGGACACGUUUUGCCGCGCGUGCAAGAGUAGUUGCCGUUCGAUUCAGUGCUAACUUCACUUCUCUCGAGUUACAGUGCAGAUCUUUAACACACCAACCGUAACCGAGAGUAAAACACAAGAAUAACGAUAUGAGCUCUGCGACUAAGGUGGCUGAGAUUUUCACCGCAGCCGGCGUGGCCUUCAACAAGCUGGGGGAGCUCACGAUGCAACUGCACCCAACGUCGGACUCGCAAGCGGGUAAAUGGAAUGAUGAGGACAUUGAGAUGCUUCGUCAGUCAGUAAGAGUCUUCAGCGAAGAGUUACAGAGAAUAAGCGCGCACAUCAAGAGUCGGACGGUCACGCAAAUACGUACUACGCUGAAGAAAAAGGCGUUCGAGGAGGCUGGAAUGACCGUCAGGCCAACCAAACAAGCAAUUCUGCCUCAGCAGACGCAGCAGGCAACCCUGGCUCAGCAGCAGCAGCAGGUUGCGAAGCAGCAGUCAACAUCGGGGAACCAAGGCUUGAUGGGAAAAUCGGCGGAAGUCACGCUGAACAUGCUAAACGCGCCCGAGACGGAGGUGGACGUCGAGGGCCUACCGGAGGAGUGUCAGGUCAAAUUGGAAUUCGAGGAGGGACCUACUGAGGAAGUUAGCAGUUAAAUUAGCUAAACGAUUAUUAUCGAUAACGAAUCCAUUUCUUACUAUCUAAUUGUUCAUCGAUCAUUGGAAGUUUCUCAACUACGAUACGAUAACGACUUAAGUAUAAGCUCAUAAGUUAUCUUUUUACAAUAAAUACAUGGAAAUCCA